AGAGAAAAAUGUCGUUUAGUGGUUAUAAAAGUUUCGUCGUAUUAGCGUUAUUCUCCAUAGUCUUAACUCAAAUCUAUGGUUUGAGAAAUGUAAACCCGAUGUACGAUCUCCAACCGCGAGAAACGCUAAGGCUUCACAACCAGAUUCGAGCCGCGGUCGGGGUUGCUCCAUUGGUAUGGGACCAAAGACUAGCUGCCCAUGCACAGAGAUACGCUAUGGUACGUUCCAAAGACUGUGCCAUGAAGCAUUCCACCGAUGGAAUGUACGGAGAGAAUAUAGCUGCCGGGUGGGUUCAGCCUGUGGACACAAUGAGCGGUCCAAUCGCGACCAAGUUUUGGUUUACGGAGAAGCCUUACUACAAUUAUGCAACCAACAGAUGUAGUGAUGUGUGUGGGCAUUACACUCAGAUUGUGGCUAAUCAAUCGACACGACUCGGUUGUGGGACAACACAUGAUAAUACGAAGAAAUAAAUCAAUCGAAUGGUUACGGCGGUUGAAG